AUGGUCUUCUAUGAUAGAUCGAAUAGCCUUUUCGAGUGGGCUUGCCGAUUUAGUUUGGACGUCGGCCACUUCGCCUUCCGGCUUGUUAUCAUCGACACAAUCGCGCUCGGCCGGAUGGCUUUCAACCCGUUUAUUUUGUGGCAAACGGCACGUGAUACCCUCCUCAAAUUGACAGAUAAGGGACUGCUUCCCAUCCGCCCGCUGCCGGACACCUGCCCGGCCCCUACCACGCAACGCGACGCGCCUAGACGCGCCAACAACAUGGCAAGACGUGAUAACCAACCUGUUGGCCCUCUGCAGGCCACACUGCAGGAGACAACCACUGCAGCCACUGCUAGAGCUCUAGAAAGCCAGAAAAUCUUCAGCCCUAUAGCAGCCUUCCUUGACAACCACCGGCGCCAGAAUACCAGCCUCACACCUCACCAACUCGGAGCGCUCGCUGCCCUUAGCAACGACCUGGCUAACGUAGCCCAACAACACUUCAAUGCCUACAUCAGCGGCGUGCCUUUGACCAAAACCCCCAUCACUCCUGCCCCUGCCCUUGCCCCUACUCCCCUUCCCCCGUCCCCUCCCCCUUCCCGUCCCCCCUCCGGUCUUGCCCAGUCCACGUACGCGUCUGUCACCCAAAGUCCCCCGGCUAAGAAUGUCGCGGCAAAACAAGCCAACAGUGCUUGGAAGACUGAUAGACUUGCUACCAAGCUGCCAUCUCCCGAUAACCGUCUCUUUACUGGAUUCGCUCUUCUGCCCGCCUCCACAGAUACCCUCCCAGCCCUAGAGGCCCAGAAGGAAGCUAUAAGCGCCUUCUUCAAAGACUGCCAAAUUGAACGGAGCUCCCGCUGGAUCUCCUAUCGAGUAACCAAUGUACCCAGGAAGGUUGGCCGACUUACUGGUAGCCAAUACUCCAUGAUCCCUGUCAACCCUGAAAUCUUGUCUUCGGAGAUCACCGAGAUGACUGGCCUUAUCCCAGUCUCUAUCGCAGAGACCGCCAUAAGUGCCGCUAACACGGACACCAUCUCAUCCAGCUGGUUUAUCAACUUCCCGGAGGAUAGCAAGGCUAACCUUCCUGCCCAGCAAGCUGAGAUCCGUAAGACUGGCUCCCUAGAGCUUGCCAAGGCACGCGUAGAGAGACAGUGCUGCACGCAAGCCCCCGAGCCUUCCCAGGAACAAGAUUUAGCCUCGAAUAGCCACGCCUCACCCUUCCCCUUCCGUACGGCUACCCCGCCGCCCCAGGCGCCUCUAGACUCUCCCCCAGUCACAACUAGGGCUGUCCGCUUCGCAAGUCCUAAGCCACAAAACAGCCUCGACGUCCUAAUGCACGAAUAA